CGGAUGGCCACGUGCGAUGGCAUCUGUGUUGUGUGUAGUCAAGGCUGCCUACGCAGCACUGAUCCUUUGUUUUGAGAUCUCUUGCACAACAGGCCUGCCGCACCAUCGCAUCUCGUUCAUCCUCCCCCGGCCCGCUAUGACGCGCUGUCAACCGCUAGCUGCAGAACCAUCAUCGUCGGCGACGCUGCCCGCCCCGCCGGCCCCGCCGUCGACAGCCGUUGAUGAGGACAGCGAGGCGAGAAUGAAAGACUACCUCGAGCAGAUAGACCACUAUGCGCACUUCUACUCACGUAAGUAAGCUAAGCGGCCAGUCAGUCAGCUCGAUAGAUGGGAUGGGAUGUGUGUGCAUUUAUGGAGUAUGUAUGUAUGUAUGCAAGGAAGGCAAGCAUGGCAUCGAAUGGCUGGUUAAGUCAUGUGUCACACUGUGUGUGUGCUGAUAUCUAUCAGCGUAUGACAGCCCCGACUACAACAUCAUUCCCAACCCGAUGAUGAGUGCCCCGGUGGGGACCAGCCCACGGCUGAUACUCAUCAGGCACGGCAGAUCCACCUGGAACGUCCAGGUUAGCCAACCAGAGGGAGAUGAUCUACACAAUCCAAUCACAUGCGCAAUAAAUCCCUAUUUGCGGUGCGGUGCUGCAGGGCCGCACACAGGUCAGGUCAAGCAGUAGUGCUGUGCUCGGGGCGUGCCCCUGAAGUGGUGAGUGACAUGUUUUGUUUGCAGGGCUGGGCGGAUCCCCCUUUGCAUGACACAGGCCACACCGACGCACGCCGCAGUGCACUCAAGCUGCUCAAGCUGAGACCAAUGGUCGAAACGGAUGUCAUCUUCUGCUCUACACAGGUAAAAACCUAAUGCACACGCAAAUUCCCCAAAGUCGGUUCUCACUGCCUUGUCGGUCUGUUCGUCCGUGUCGCCUUCCCAGAUGCGUGCACGGCAGACGACUGAGUACGUGAUGGAGGUGCUGCGGACUCAACGGAGAGUCGAGUACGGAGAGGACGCCGUCGACUUCCCACUCGUAUGCCGCACUGAUGCAAAGCUGCCACAUCUUGCUUCUUCUCUUCUCUCUCUCUCUCUCUCUCUCUCUUUCACUCCGAUCUCUCAGCGUGUCAAGUACGACAACCGUCUGCGCGAGCGUCACUACGGUGCCUUCUCCGGCCACCUGAAGUCUGACAAUGUGGAGCGAUUCGGCGCGGAGUUGCUCGAGGAAUGCCGCAAGGGCGCAUUCGCCAAACCGCCAUACGGUCGGUGAAGGAGACGUCACAGGGGUUCACGAAUGAGACGACGCACUAUGUCUGUGCAGGUGGCGAGCCAUUUGUGCCGAAUGGCCACGAGAGUCUGAAGGAUGUGCAAGACCGAGUGUCGCCUAUGUGGAACGAUGAGUUCCGUGCGCGGCUCGAGAGGGGCGAGGACGUUGUGGUGGUGGCGCACAACAACCUCAUCCGCGCCCUCAUGACCUUUGUCGACCCCGAAGUGAAACUUGACAACAUCUACAGGGUAAAUGCAACGAACAGAGAAGAAAGUCUGUCUGUCUAUCGGUCGCGUACCUCUCUCCCUCUCUCCCUGGUUGGGUUGUCUGUCUGGCUGGGUGUCUGCAGGUUCCUGCGCCCAAGCAGGACACCCCGUUGGUGUUUUUCCCCGCCGGGUGUCACGACCCCGAGAAGUGUGGGAUCCUCGAGAUGGUUGACCUAGAGAGGGAGCACUACCUGUCGUUCGUUCAUGAGAAGAAGGACGUCGAUGAGAAACAGAUCUGGCUCGAUGUGCCCUACGACUGACUGACUAGCUUGUGGUCUGUCUAUUCGCCGCUGAGUGCAUGUUGUGUGGUGCAUAAAUCGAAUCGGGCAAAUGUAUGUAUGUGUAACUAGGGAUGUAUACAAUGCUCGCCCGAUAGACAGAUCGACAGACAGAGAGUAUACUGGGGUGAGGGAGGGGAGGGGAUGGAUGAGUUUUUGGCAUGCUGCAUGUCUGUCCGUCUGUGUGUGCCAUGCCGUAUGGGUGAGAGACGGACAUUUCUUUCUAUCGUAUAGG